CUGAUUUUAAAUCCAGGGUUUUUUUUGCAUCUGCCUGCUGUUUCAUUCUUUAUGCAACAAUCCUGACGAUUACUGAAUAAGCUAAAACUUCCUUUCAGCUGAAUAGCAGAAAACCCGGAGAUAUUGUCUCCAUUCCCUAGUUAUGAACUGUCUGAAACAAAACCAGACUACAAACAUGUUUGGGAUAUCACUAAAGUCUGCCUAUUUCCAUCACCAUAACAACACCCGAGUGCACGCUUGCCUCAACUCAUCUGUCGAAACUAUACUUGUGUUGCCUUUAGGCAGGACUCUUCCAAUGUACUGCUGGUCUCCUAUAUAUUACACCUUUAAGCUCUGUUGCCUGUGUUCUCAAUGCCAUUCAUCUGAUGAAUCACCAGACUCGAAACGGUAACUUUAUUUUCUUCCAACAGAUGCUGCCAGACUUGCUGGUUUUCUGUCUUUGUUUCAGCUCUCCAGCACCCCGCAGUUCCUUGUUUUAUUAUCCGGAUGUGCUCUUGGAGCUUCCGUCGUUUUUUAAUUUAAUUUUUUCUAACCAACCGAUUCAUGUUAUUCUCCCCUUUCCAGCACUGAAAAAAUGUUUUUAUUUUCUCCAGCACGGAAAGAGGCCAGCAUAGCCACGGUGGUCACCAAACAUUCAUGUACUCUAUGCUCACCUGCCAGCACUUCGCCCGCAGCCUCGAAUGCUUAUAACGUUUCGCCUGUUCAUCUAAAUAGUUCUUAAACGUCUUGAGGGGUCCGAUGCGUUCGGACUGUACAAACUCACUAAUUGCCAAACAGCGUACGCCCCUCCCUCCCUUCCUUUCUACCCCGCCUUUUCCCUUCGCAGUACCUUAUCCACCUUCCAAACUUGUGGUAUGAAGCCGGGUGAUGAGACGAUGCGAACUUCAAAGUGAUGGGGGACCUGGCUGGUGUCACUACGUUGCCGUCACACCGAGCCAAUAGAUUGCGCGGUCGGCGGGGAAAGGGCGGGAAAAGGCGGAAUGUCUCCGGGCAGAUUAGCAGCGCGCGGGAGGGAGAAUGGCCGUUGGGAUUCGGAUGGGAGGAGGCGAGCAGCGCGCGCUGGUGGCUAGUCCUCGCCGUUGUUGAGAACAGCAGCGGUGGCGGAACCAUGGACAACUUCCAGAAGGUGGAGAAGAUCGGUGAGGGUACCUAUGGAGUGGUCUACAAAGCAAUGAAUAAAGUCACAGGAGAGAUGGUGGCACUGAAAAAAAUAAGACUGGACGCUGAAAUGGAAGGCGUGCCAAGUACUGCUAUACGGGAGAUAUCUUUGUUAAAAGAAUUAAAUCAUCCAAAUAUUGUGAAACUGUUAGAUGUUAUCCACAGUGAAAAGAAAUUGUACCUAGUGUUUGAGUUUCUGAAUCAAGAUCUGAAGAAGUAUAUGGACUCUGCUCCUCCUACUGGACUCCCUUUGCAAUUAGUUAAGAGUUAUCUGUUCCAGCUUCUACAAGGUGUUGCGUUCUGUCACUCUCACAGAGUCCUUCAUCGAGAUCUAAAACCACAAAACUUGCUUAUUAAUGAUGCUGGUGCAAUCAAAUUAGCAGAUUUUGGAUUGGCAAGGGCUUUUGGAGUUCCUGUGCGCACUUAUACCCAUGAGGUUGUAACCUUGUGGUACAGAGCACCAGAAAUUCUAAUGGGAUGUAAAUUUUACUCAACAGCAGUAGAUGUUUGGAGCAUAGGAUGCAUCUUUGCAGAAAUGGUCACAAGAAAACCUCUGUUUCCUGGAGAUUCCGAGAUUGAUCAACUUUUCAGGAUUUUUCGCACACUUGGUACACCAAAUGAGGCUAUGUGGCUUGGGGUAACACAGUUACCUGAUUACAAAGCAAAUUUCCCUCGGUGGGUCAAACAAGAUUUCAACAAGAUGCUACCCAAUCUGGACAUAGAUGGCAAAGACCUACUAAUGCAAAUGCUCCAGUAUGAUCCAAACAAGCGGAUUUCUGCAAAGGUUGCUAUAAGUCAUCGAUAUUUCCGUGAUGUCACUAUUCAACUGCCACAUUUACAGCUGUAAAUAUUUGGUUGUUGGAAGAAAAAGGAACCAUCUCAAUUUUCUUGCUUUUAUCACUUUUACUUGAAAGUAUUAUCUUCUUAACUAUCCUAAGUUGCAAAGUUGUAUUUGUAGAGUGUUUUGGCAAGA